AGAAAAUUCCCCGUCCCUAACACCUCACCAGAUUAGGUUCCUCCAUUUCUACUCAGUACUGACUCUCAAAUCAAAAACCCUAAUCUAACAUUUCUGACUCGACGAAGACGACGACGAAAGCGAAACGCUGAGCGAUGGCUUCUCGCUUGUUGGCAAAAUCCAAACAGCUCCCUGCUGCUCAGAUCCUUUUGAGGCCGGAGCUAACUGUCCCGGUUCGUUCUUAUGCCAAAGAACCUGCUUCCCCUGCUCCCCCGGCUCUGAAGGGAGAUGAGAUGUUGAAGAGCAUCUUUUUGGAGGUUAAAAACAAGUUUGAGACCGCGAUUGGGAUUUUUAGGAAGGAAAAGAUCACCAUUGACCCUGAUGAUCCUGCUGCAGUUUCACAGUAUGCCAAGGUUGUGAAGACUGUUAGAGACAAGGCAAAUCUCUUCUCUGAAUCACAGAGAAUUAAGUACACCAUUGAGACAAAAACACGAGAUAUUCCUGAUGCUCGUACAUAUCUGCUGACACUGAAGGAGAUAAGACUAAAGAGAGGACUACCUGAUGAACGUGGUGCUGAAGCAAUGAUGUUAGAUGCAUUGGAAAAAGUGGAAAAGGAAAUCAAGAGGCCUCUGAUGCGAAACGACAAGAAAGGGAUGGCUCUCCUCAUGGCUGAGUUUGACAAGAUUAAUCAGAAGCUUGGAAUUCGGAGGGAUGAUCUGCCCAAGUAUGAAGAGCAGUUAGAGCUUAAAAUUGCAAAAGCACAGUUAGAGGAACUAAAAAAGGAUGCAGUCGAGGCGAUGGAUACUCAGAAGAAAAGGGAAGAAUUCAAGGAUGAAGAGAUGCCUCAUGUGAAGUCUCUCGACGUCAGAAAUUUCAUUUGAGAUUAUUUUUCUUAAAAUCAGUCUGUUUUUGGAGCUGAUGAUGGUUGGAUUGGACCAUCUUGUCCCCGUAAAAAGUCCAAUUGAGAUUUCAAAAUAAGGGGAUUUAAGAGCUAGAUAAAGGUUUCUACUUGGUGUUUAAAUUCUUGCCUUCUUUUUAUCUGAUAUGCUCUGUACUGAGAUCUGAAAAUUCAAUUGCCAAAGUUGUUUUUUUCCCCCCUCUC